GCAGCUUAGCAGGCGGCAUCGGUGAACUCUUCACCCAUGCGGAGUCCGCUUCUGGGGUCUCGGACAACUUGGACCUCUUUGCAGCUGCUCGGGGCGCAGCAGAGCAGGUGUCACGCUCUGGAGUUCAAUCAGCGCUCUCCGCGGGGCUUAGUGCAGGCGGCAUGCGGGACCUGUUCGCACCAGUGCGCGUCAUCCCGCCCGAGGACUCAGAGCCGGGCUCCGACUUGCUUGCAGCGGCUCACAGUGCGGCCGACGCGGUGUCUUCUGGUGCAGCUAGCAGCGCAGUGUCAGUGCGCGGCCAUUUGGGAGACCUUUUUGUGCCCAACAAGGUAUCUGGGCAAGUCAAAGAGCCAGUGGCCCCGCCGAAGCCCAGCGAGGGGUCAGAGUCCGGCAGCGACCUUUUCGGCUUGGCCAAGGGCGUGGCUGCAGAGGUUUCCAAAUCCGGCGUUGAGUCGGUGUCUGCGGGCCGCGGCGGCGUGCGUGACCUCUUCGCGCCGGUGCGUGUCACGGCUGCGCCUGCCGAAGACUCGGAGGCUGGCUCUGACCUUCUGGCCGCAGCGCGGACUGCAGCCGACGCGGUCUCGUCUGGAGUCGCCAGCAGUGCAGUCUCCGCGGCGAACGGUCGCCUUGGCGACCUCUUCGCCCCCAGCCAGGCGUCGAGAGGAAAGGCCCCAGCAGUCCCCCCGAAGCCCAGCGAGGGCUCUGAAUCCGGCAGCGACCUCCUGGGCUUCGCCAAGGGUGCUGCUGCGGAGGUCUCCCGUUCUGGUGUCCAGUCGGCAACAUCCGGGCCCGGUGGAGGUCACCACGCCGCCCGCCGAAGACUCGGAGGUCUCGUCUGGAGUCGCCAGCAGUGCAGUCUCCGCGGCGAACGGUCGCCUUGGCGACCUCUUCGCCCUCAGCCAGGCCAUGUCUCAAAGGCCAGUGUGCGGCGAGGCCGUGACGUUGAGGCGGCGCCGCCUCGAAGGCGUGAUGUUGAGGCAGCUGGCCAACACCAAAGCGCACCACCAAAACACCAGCCGCCUUGGGCCCAAGCCCUGGACGAUGGAGCCGAUACUCAAAGCGCUCGCGCUCGGGGCGCUCUUCCACCUGUGCCCUCUCCACCACGUCUCCGAGCACAGCCACCCCAACCCCCCGACCCGCCGCCUUUGCCGAAUCGGACUUUUCUUACGGAUCCGAACGAGGGAGACGCGGCAUCGGAGUCCGGCGAGCUCGUGAUGGCCCGGGCUUCCGCGUGCUGUGAAUGUCAUGUCACUGCUGACCAGACAUCUCCAGACCCGAAGCAUAUGCGACGCUCUCUACAUUAUCCUCCUCCCGCGAUUUGUCGGCCCAAAUUCUGGCAAACCAAGGGUUGGGGCACGUGCAAGAAUCUAAUUGUUUAUCUAGUCUAG